CUCUAGCCAGAUUGAAACGAUCUUUGUAAAUGGCGACGGAGCUUGGAAAAUUCUAUCUGUACCAUACAUUUCCAAAUCUCCAUCAUUUUCAGAAGGUGAUGAUGUGAGAGGAGGAAAUUCGUGAUGUCUUUCGACGAGGAGGACAAGCAAUGGACUUGUGGCAAAGUUGGUGUGGUCAAUUUGCAAUGUGUAAGUUCCAUUGUUCACGAUAUUCGGGAGCCUUGCCUCCACUCGCCUACAAAGAUUAACAAAAUGCUCAAGCCAGACAAGUGGCAAGCAAUUUUUGAUAGCGAUGGGAGAGUUUAUGAGUUUCAGAAAGCACUUAAGUUGAUUGUUUUGGGGGGUGUAGAUCCAUCUAUAAGGGCAGAAGUUUGGGAAUUUCUUCUAGGUUGUUAUUCACUGGACAGCACUGCAGAGUACAGAAGGCAACUGAGAAUGGCCAGGAGGAGUCGAUACAAGGAUUUACUCAAGCAGUGCCAAGUGAUGCAUUCAAGUGUUGGUACUGGUUCUCUUGCUUACAUUGUGGGGUCAAAAGUGAUGGAUAUGAGGAAGGUAUAUAAAGAUACUGGGGAGAGGGAAGCAGAAGUCAAAAGUAGACAAGCUUCCCAUGAUAGAACUAACAAAAUAGAAAAUUACUGUGAUUGGAAUAAUAACUGUACAGAUACAUCCUAUACAUACCAAAGGGAAUGCGCUAGUGAUUCAUCUGAGUAUACCAGCACUAGGGGAAGCAUAGAAGGUGCAGCAUAUGGAUAUUCACAUCAUUUCUCUUCUUCUGAUCCUUACAAUUUCUAUUCCCUGACUCGAGGAGAAGAAGCAUAUGGAUCAGAAUGCAUAAAUGAGAGUUUUUUUGACUUUCCUCCUUUAUCUUUCACAAAGUUUUUUCAAAAUAGUGACAAUGAUGAUAAAGAAUACUGGGUGCACCAUGAUAGGCUAUCUACAUGCAAUAAGCCGAGAUGUCCAGAUGAAAAUAUGCACACCUUUCAAAUUAGUAAUAAUGUAGAUCUAAUUAUGGAAUCAAAUGGUUCACCAGAAAAUGAUAUUCCACAUUCAAGAAACUCUAAAUGUGGAAAGUUUACAUUGAAUGUACAUGGACAUAAAAUAAAGAGAACAAAGUUUGAAUAUGAAAACAAAAUAGUAAAGGGGCUCAGAAUAUCAGAUGUUCCAGAAACAGAAAUCAUGAGACCAACAACUCAAGGUGGAAGUGUCAGUGAAGACAGAGUUUCUGAAUGGCUUUGGACACUUCACCGAAUAGGUGAUGAAGUCUAUGUUUUUACAGUUGUCGAUGUGGUAAGAACAGACAGUCAUCUUGAAUUUUAUGAGGAUGAGAAGAACAUUGCUAGGAUGUCUGAUAUCCUUGCUGUUUAUGCAUGGGUUGAUCCUGCUACUGGAUAUUGCCAAGGUAUGAGUGACUUGCUAUCUCCUUUUCUUGUCCUCUAUAAUGAUGAUGCAGAUGCAUUUUGGUGCUUUGAGAUGCUAAUAAGAAGAAUGCGGGAAAAUUUUCAGAUGGAAGGUCCAACUGGAGUGAUGAAGAAGUUACAAACAUUAUGGCAUAUCUUGGAACUGACAGACAGGGAAAUGUUUGCACACUUAUCACUAAUAGGGGCUGAAAGCCUUCAUUUUGCCUUCCGGAUGCUGAUGGUGCUUUUCCGUCGGGAGUUGUCCUUCACUGAGGCCCUUUGCAUGUGGGAGAUGAUGUGGGCUGCGGAUUUUGAUGAAUCUGUGGCUCAGGGUUUAGAGGAACAUUGUCUUGAACCAUUGGUGGUACAGAUUUCAAGAGAUCCAGUGUCAGAAACUGGUGAAGCAAUUGCAGAAAACAAAAAUGGAAUUUCAAGCAGUGGUAUACAAUCCAAACAUGCAAAUGUAGAACGAUCCAUGUCUGACAAUAUGGUUAUGAAAUCUGCAUCAAGUCAUUCACUUUGUGGCUUGACUAGGAAUUGUUGGUCAAGGAAUGAUCGCAUGGAGAUCUGCACUGUUAUCUCAUCGUCAAGGAAUGGAGAUGAUGAAUUACCUAUCUUCUGUGUUGCAGCAAUUAUUAUUGUCAAUCGCCAAAAGAUCAAAAAAGAAACCAACUCAAUUGAUGAUAUGAUAAAGAUUUUCAAUGAUAAGAUGUUGAAGAUCAAUGUUAAGAGAUGCAUACAUACAGCCAUUAAACUUCGAAAAAAAUACUUGUGCAAGCUAAUCAAGCAAAAGAGCCCAUCCAGUUCAGAAUAAUGACUAAGAGCAACACAUGGCCAUGUGUUGAUACAAAGAUAUCCCUGUCAGAGAAUCAUUGAGUUGAUGCAGAAUAAUAGAAGCUUCUGAAGUCAUGUUCAAUAUAAUUCAUCUACAUUGUUUAUUUUGGAGGAUAUGAAAGCAAAAGAAUUUACAGAACAUGAAGAUAUACCCAGCUAUUUGAUCCAUCAAUUUCUCUAUCAACCCUUCAUGCAAGGGGGAGAGUCCUUCAAUUACUAGAUUCCUUCAACAAGGCUACUGUGUGCACGGAUGAAGUCUUUAAAGUGAGAGUACUCUAUUCUCUAUUUUUCUGGAAGAAUAAUCAAGUGCAUGUUUUGAAAAUUUAAAGAACAAUCAAGGGCGUUUUUGUCCUUUAAUGUUUUUCUGUCAAUCUUAACAAUUAAAUCUUUAACAAGGUAUUUUUAAGUAGUUUUGGAAACCACAGAUUAUAUUUAAG